AUGAAGAUACCAACAGCGCGGUCACUACCAUCGCUCCUGCUCGCCGCAUCGUCUGCGCUGCUCGCCGUCGGCAUCUCGACCGCAGUAGCAGCAGCCUCGGCGACGGCGGCGACGGCGGCGGCGGCCAAGGGCGGUAGCGGCGACGCAACGCUCCGGGCGAUGCUCCCCUCGUCUGCGGACUGGACCAACCUCAACUACGUCAAGCAGCUCGACCUCGGCGGCUCCGUAUCCCACCUCCUCACCUCGGUCACCCUCCAGUCCAACCUGGCCCACGACGACGUCGACGGCGCAGAGGCCGUGCAGCUCUACUUCUUCACCCUGCCCGCCGACGAGGCGCGCGCCCUCUCGUGGGCCAGGGCCUCGGUUCGCCCCGCCGCAUCCAGCCUGCUCGCAAAGUACGGCGGCAUCCCAAAGGGACAGCGACCCGUCCUCGACUUUAACCCACUCGGCCCGCUCGCAGACGAUGCCGACACCUACCUCUUUUCCGUUCCCGUCCCCGUCGCCGCCUUCGCCCAGGCGGGAGGCGACAACGACGACGCCGCCGCUGGAAAGGACGCCGGGCUGAUGCUCUCGCUCGAGGCGUCGCUCAACCACAUCACCAAGCCGCUGCCCGCCAGCAUCAAGCAGACCGAGUCCCAGUUCCUCGUCUGGACCGGCGACGUCGACGUCCGCUCGCCCUACCCGACCGUCGCCGGCAGGGUCAAGGUCAAGUCGUCGCACCCGCGCAUCGUCUCGUACGAGCCCACCGAGCCCGCGACAAAGGUCGGAUCCACCAUCACCUUUGGCCCUUACUCGUCCGUGCCCGCCUUUUCGCCCACCACCGCCGUGGCCGCUGCGUCCGUUCGGCAGGGCAAGGUGCACUACCAGCACGACCAGCCCGUCGUCUCGCUCGUCUCGCUCGAGCGCACCGUGGAGAUCUCGCACUGGGGCGACAACCUGGCCGUCGAGGACCGCAUCUGGCUGCGCAACGACGGUCCGCAGCUCAAGGGCCACUUUUCGCGCAUCGACCACCAGAUGUCGAGCUUCUACAAGCAGGGCAGCAGCCACGCCCUCACCACCCUCGCCAUGCACCUGCCCCCGGGCGCGCGCGACGCCUAUUUUGUUGACCAGAUCGGCAACGUCUCGACCAGCCACUUCCGCCCGCUGCCCGCCACGCCCUCGCCGCCCACGACGCCCCUCAACCUUCUGCCGCCCACCAAGGCCAGCCUGCUCGAGCUGCAGCCCCGCUUCCCGCUCCUCGGCGGCUGGAACUACAGCUUCGUCGUCGGCUUCAACCUGCCCCUCUCCCAGGGCGGCUGGCUCAAGACGGUGGCCGGAGACGAAUCGUCCUCGUCGGCGGCGGCGGCCGGGGUGGGCGGUACCGUGUACUCUGCGGCCAUCCCCUUCCUUACGCCCAUCACCGACAUGGCCAUCGACGAAGCGACGGUGCGCAUCGUGCUGCCCGAGGGUGCGGAGCCGCUCGACCUGGCUCUGCCCUUUGACGUCGAGAGCAGCACCGAGGAGGUGACCAAGACCUACCUCGAUACGCGCGGCCGCAAGACGAUUGUGCUGCGCCGCACCAACAACAGCGAGAGGAUAGGACAGCUCGUCUACAUCCGCUACCGCCUUUCGGCCCUCGAUCACCUCAACAAGGUCGUCGCGGUCGCCACGGCCGUUGCGGGUCUCUUUGUCCUUGCCAUCGUGGGGCGGAGGAUCGAUGUGCGCAUCAAGUGA